UCUAUUGCUUCUGAUGCUUCUGAUACUUCUGUACGCAGCUGUAUAGUAGUUGAGAUCCUUCCAGAAGACCUUACUGCUGCCUGUAAUACAGACUGUACGCCAGAGCGCUGUGACGCAGCAACAGUCCGGCCCCACGAACCUCCAGCUACCGAGCAUGGUCUUCCGGGCUCCUGUCAACUCCUUCCGGCCCUUUGACGUGCCGGCCCGGGCUCAAGAGGUACGGAAGCUGCCGGCAAGCCCGCUGGACCUCUUCGUCCAAUACGUUCCGCAGAGCCUCGUGGAGCAGUGGGCCCAGUGGACAAAUGCGGUGCCGUUGUCUGGCCCUAGGGCUAGAACGUCUAGA